AACCGGCUCCAAGUCUCGCCGACUCUCUCCAAGAACGCAAAGUUCCGAAAGCCGGCUUCAACGGUGAACGAUGCGGCGAUCCGCGGAGGCCAUCGCGUCUCUUCUUCUUCUCUCAUGCCUCCUUCCGUCCGUCCUCGCAGGUCCCGCCAGCCUUGGUGAUGGGUACACGAUUGCUGGUCGCGUGAAGUUGGAAGGUUCAGGUAAGACAUCCAUAGGCUUUAUUCCUCCUUUGAAAAAUUCGAACGCAGAAGUGAUACUUAAUGGUGGUCAGAGGGUCACUUUUCUUAGAGAAGAUGGCUAUUUUUCAUUCCACAAUGUGCCAGCUGGGACUCAUCUCAUUGAAGUAUCUGCAAUGGGCUAUUUCUUUUCACCGGUUCGUAUUGAUAUUAGUGCCAGAAAUCCUGGUGAGAUCCAGGCAGCACUGACAGAGAAUAGGAGGGUUCUGCAUGAGCUAGUUUUGGAGCCUUUAAGAGAAGAGCAGUAUUACGAGAUAAGGGAACCAUUUUCGCUGAUGUCUCUAUUGAAAAGUCCUAUGGGUUUGAUGAUGGGUUUUAUGGUGUUAGUGGUGUUCCUCAUGCCGAAAUUAACGGAAAAUAUGGAUCCAGAAGAAAUAAGAAGAGCCCAGGAGGAAAUGAGGGCGCAAGGUGUUCCUUCCCUCUCCAGCUUGUUGCCUGGAAGGAGCAACUAAAUUGCCGAAUUCUAUAUGACUCGAACAAGACUGUGUUGGUGAUUUUGCUACGUGAAUGCUUAGGAAGAAGUGGUACAGCUUGGGAAACAAAUGUUUCCAUCAACAUGGAAGCUUUAAUGCUUAUUUUUGUUCUUGUGUACCAUAAUUAAUGUCAGUGGCUAGGAUCAUUUCCAUUAAAGUAAUUCUAUAAAAGUAAAAGUGAUUGCUUCAUCAAAUCUUGUUGUUAUUCGGCUAAGUGCUGCAGAUAGUUUUGACUUAUCAUUGGCAAUCCUUUGAUCUCAUGCAACCGAGAAAGAAUCUUUUUUUU